AUGGGUUGUGUAAACACUAAGAGCAGAAGCUAAUAGAGUAGUAGAUCAUCAUUCGAUAGUGAACCUAAAAACGUAAAAUAUUUGCCAUUCUCAAAUUAAUAUAAAAAUGGAAUACCUUAAUUAUAGAAUGUAAAAUUCAUAUUAAUAUGUAGAUUUCAGUUAGCACUAUCCUAUAAAGAAGAAAAAAACAUGGCAAUUAUUCUGUAUGA